UAGCGGCGGCCGGGCCGGGCCGUGCCACAGGCGGGUGGCGGCGGGACGAUGGAAGCGGCGGCCGCUGCUCCGCGUCGCCGGCUGCUUUUCCUUGUGUUGGCGGGCGCGGCGACGCUGUUCCCGAGGGCGACGGCAUUACAGUGUUUCUGCCACCUAUGUACAAAAGACAAUUUCACCUGUGUGACGGAUGGGCUCUGUUUUGUCUCUGUCACAGAGACUACAGAUAAAGUUAUACACAAUAGCAUGUGUAUAGCUGAAAUUGACCUAAUUCCAAGAGACAGGCCAUUUGUAUGUGCACCCUCUUCAAAAACUGGAGUUGUUACAACAACGUAUUGUUGCAAUCAAGACCACUGCAAUAAGAUUGAACUCCCAACUACUGUGAAGCAGUCACCUGGCCUUGGUCCAGUCGAGCUGGCAGCUGUCAUUGCUGGACCAGUCUGCUUUGUGUGUAUUUCACUCAUGUUGAUGGUAUAUAUCUGCCAUAACCGCACUGUCAUUCACCAUCGAGUGCCAAAUGAAGAGGAUCCUUCAUUAGAUCGACCUUUUAUUUCAGAGGGUACUACGUUAAAAGACUUAAUUUAUGAUAUGACAACAUCAGGGUCUGGAUCAGGUCUACCACUGCUUGUUCAGAGAACAAUUGCAAGAACAAUAGUAUUACAAGAAAGUAUUGGCAAAGGUCGAUUUGGAGAAGUCUGGCGAGGAAAGUGGCGGGGAGAAGAAGUUGCUGUGAAGAUAUUCUCCUCUAGAGAAGAACGUUCAUGGUUCCGUGAGGCAGAGAUUUAUCAGACUGUAAUGUUACGCCAUGAAAACAUCCUGGGAUUUAUAGCAGCAGACAAUAAAGACAAUGGUACAUGGACUCAGCUCUGGUUGGUGUCAGAUUAUCAUGAGCAUGGCUCCCUAUUUGAUUACUUGAACAGAUACACAGUAACUGUGGAAGGAAUGAUCAAACUUGCUUUGUCCACAGCAAGUGGUCUUGCCCAUCUUCACAUGGAGAUUGUUGGUACCCAAGGUAAACCAGCCAUUGCUCAUAGAGAUUUGAAAUCAAAGAAUAUCUUGGUGAAGAAGAAUGGAACCUGUUGUAUUGCAGACUUAGGACUGGCAGUAAGGCAUGAUUCAGCUACUGAUACAAUUGAUAUAGCUCCAAACCACAGAGUAGGAACAAAAAGGUACAUGGCUCCUGAAGUUCUAGAUGAUUCCAUAAAUAUGAAACAUUUUGAAUCCUUCAAACGUGCAGACAUCUAUGCAAUGGGCUUAGUAUUCUGGGAAAUUGCACGACGAUGUUCCAUUGGUGGAAUUCAUGAAGAUUACCAACUGCCUUAUUAUGAUCUUGUACCUUCUGAUCCAUCGGUUGAAGAAAUGAGAAAAGUAGUUUGUGAACAGAAGUUAAGGCCAAAUAUUCCUAACAGAUGGCAGAGCUGUGAAGCCUUGAGAGUGAUGGCUAAAAUUAUGAGAGAAUGUUGGUAUGCCAAUGGAGCAGCAAGGCUGACUGCUUUGCGGAUUAAGAAAACUUUGUCACAACUCAGUCAACAGGAAGGCAUCAAAAUGGCCCAGGACUUAAUCUCAGGACAGGCCUGGAGAAAAGCUUACUGAUUGAACAGGCACCCGGUUACAGGAGUCCUACCUGAACGUUUCUUUCUUUUCCUCCCAGGAUGUCUGUGCCGAGUUCCUUCUCAUCCACUCAGUGGCUUCCAUUACCAGCUAGAUGAGAAGGCCAUCAAGACAACUAGACCACAGUCUCCAGGAUGAUGCUCACAUCUCCUUUCUGAGUUCUGACCUGACUCCUGAGCAUUAGAAAGCAUCUCACCUGGGAGUCUUGAAGCGUUUUCUACUCACUGUGUUCUAGGCAAGCUCAUCACCUUCCCCUGGUUCUGCUUUCCCUCCAGGUUUGCCACAUCAAUGAAAGUAUCUCAGCCCUGCUCCAACUCAUGUCCAAUUGGUCAGUUAACUUCAAGCCCCACACAUUGACCUCCAGUAAGACUCCCCACUGCCAUGAGUUUGGCUGUGUCAAGUUCUAGGCAUAC